GCGGCGGCGGCGGCGGUCCGAGGUCCGAGGCCUGCGGCCUAGGCCUCAGCGCGGCGGCGGGCUCGAGUGCGGCGCGGAACCGGCCUGAGGGCCGUACGCGGCGGCACCAUGAGCGUGGAGGCGUACGGGCCCAGCUCGCAGACGCUCACCUUCCUGGACACCGAGGAGGCCGAGCUGCUCGGCGCCGACACGCAGGGCUCGGAGUUCGAGUUCACCGACUUCACCAUCCCCAGCCAGACGCAGACGCCCCCCGGCGGCCCCGGCGGCGGCGCAGGGGGCCCGGUCGGCGUGGGCGCGGGCGCCGCGGCCGGACAGCUCGACGCGCAGGUCGGCGGACCCGAGGGCAUCCUGCAGAAUGGGGCUGUGGAUGACAGUGUGGCCAAGACUAGCCAGUUGUUGGCUGAGUUGAACUUCGAAGAAGAUGAAGAAGAUACGUAUUACACGAAGGAUCUCCCCGUACAUGCCUGCAGUUACUGCGGAAUACACGAUCCUGCUUGCGUGGUUUACUGUAAUACCAGCAAGAAGUGGUUCUGUAACGGACGUGGAAAUACUUCUGGCAGCCACAUUGUAAAUCACCUAGUGAGGGCAAAGUGCAAAGAGGUGACUCUGCACAAGGACGGGCCCCUGGGGGAGACGGUCCUGGAGUGUUACAACUGCGGCUGCCGCAAUGUCUUCCUCCUCGGCUUCAUCCCCGCCAAGGCCGACUCGGUGGUGGUGCUGCUGUGCAGGCAGCCCUGCGCCAGCCAGAGCAGCCUCAAGGACAUCAACUGGGACAGCUCACAGUGGCAGCCGCUGAUCCAGGACCGCUGCUUCCUGUCCUGGCUGGUCAAGAUCCCUUCUGAGCAGGAGCAGCUGCGGGCUCGGCAGAUCACCGCCCAGCAGAUCAACAAGCUGGAGGAGCUGUGGAAGGAAAAUCCUUCUGCCACCUUGGAGGACCUGGAGAAGCCAGGGGUGGACGAGGAGCCGCAGCACGUCCUCCUCCGGUACGAGGAUGCCUACCAAUAUCAGAACAUUUUUGGCCCCCUGGUCAAGCUGGAGGCCGACUAUGACAAGAAACUAAAAGAGUCCCAGACUCAAGAUAACAUCACGGUCAGGUGGGACCUGGGCCUUAACAAGAAGAGAAUCGCCUACUUCACUUUGCCCAAGACUGACUCUGGUAAUGAGGAUUUAGUCAUAAUUUGGUUAAGAGACAUGCGGCUCAUGCAGGGGGAUGAGAUAUGCCUGCGGUACAAAGGGGACCUGGCGCCCCUGUGGAAGGGGAUCGGCCAUGUCAUCAAGGUCCCUGAUAAUUAUGGUGAUGAGAUCGCCAUUGAGCUUCGGAGCAGUGUGGGCGCACCUGUGGAGGUGACUCAUAACUUCCAGGUGGAUUUCGUGUGGAAGUCAACCUCAUUCGAUAGGAUGCAGAGUGCGUUGAAAACCUUUGCCGUGGACGAGACGUCCGUGUCAGGCUACAUCUACCACAAACUGCUUGGCCACGAGGUGGAGGACGUGAUCAUCAAGUGCCAGUUGCCGAAGCGCUUCACGGCACAGGGGCUACCUGACCUCAACCACUCGCAGGUUUACGCCGUGAAGACUGUGCUGCAGAGACCACUGAGCCUGAUCCAGGGACCACCGGGCACGGGGAAGACCGUGACCUCAGCCACCAUCGUCUAUCAUCUGGCCCGACAAGGCAACGGGCCUGUGCUUGUCUGUGCUCCGAGUAACAUAGCCGUGGAUCAGCUGACCGAGAAGAUCCACCAGACCGGACUGAAAGUCGUGCGGCUCUGUGCCAAGAGCCGCGAGGCCAUCGACUCCCCGGUGUCGUUCCUGGCCCUGCAUAACCAGAUCAGGAACAUGGAUAGCAUGCCGGAGCUGCAGAAGCUGCAGCAGCUGAAGGACGAGACUGGGGAGCUGUCGUCUGCGGACGAGAAGCGCUACCGGGCCCUGAAGCGCACUGCUGAGAGGGAGCUGCUCAUGAACGCGGAUGUCAUCUGCUGCACGUGUGUGGGUGCAGGUGACCCAAGGCUCGCCAAGAUGCAGUUCCGUUCCAUUUUAAUCGACGAAAGCACCCAGGCCACUGAACCGGAGUGCAUGGUCCCUGUGGUCCUUGGAGCCAAGCAGCUGAUCCUUGUGGGCGACCACUGCCAGCUGGGCCCUGUCGUGAUGUGCAAGAAGGCGGCCAAGGCCGGGCUGUCCCAGUCGCUCUUCGAGCGCUUGGUGGUGCUGGGCAUCCGUCCCAUCCGCCUCCAGGUCCAGUAUCGGAUGCACCCUGCGCUCAGCGCCUUCCCAUCCAACAUCUUCUAUGAGGGCUCUCUUCAGAAUGGUGUCACUGCAGCGGACCGUGUGAAGAAGGGGUUUGACUUCCAGUGGCCCCAACCCGAUAAGCCGAUGUUCUUCUACGUGACCCAGGGCCAGGAGGAGAUCGCCAGCUCGGGUACCUCCUACCUGAACAGGACGGAAGCCGCAAACGUGGAGAAGAUCACCACGAAGUUGCUGAAGGCUGGUGCCAAACCAGACCAGAUCGGCAUCAUCACGCCCUACGAGGGCCAGCGCUCCUACCUGGUGCAGUACAUGCAGUUCAGCGGCUCCCUGCACACCAAGCUCUACCAGGAGGUGGAGAUUGCCAGCGUGGACGCAUUCCAGGGGCGUGAGAAGGACUUCAUCAUCCUCUCCUGCGUGCGGGCCAAUGAACACCAAGGCAUUGGGUUUUUAAACGACCCCAGACGGCUUAAUGUGGCCCUGACCAGAGCGCGAUACGGGGUCAUUAUUGUGGGCAACCCGAAGGCCCUGUCCAAGCAGCCGCUCUGGAACCACCUGCUGAACUACUACAAGGAGCAGAAGGUGCUGGUGGAGGGGCCCCUGAACAACCUGCGGGAGAGCCUCAUGCAGUUCAGCAAGCCCAGGAAGCUGGUCAACACCAUCAACCCGGGAGCCCGCUUCAUGACGACAGCCAUGUAUGACGCCCGGGAGGCCAUUAUUCCAGGAUCGGUCUACGAUCGGAGCAGCCAGGGCCGGCCCUCGAACAUGUACUUCCAGACCCACGACCAGAUCGGCAUGAUCAGUGCUGGCCCUAGCCAUGUGGCCGCCAUGAACAUUCCCAUCCCCUUCAACCUGGUCAUGCCGCCCAUGCCUCCACCGGGGUAUUUUGGACAAGCUAACGGGCCAGCCGCAGGCCGGGGCACUCCAAAAGGCAAGACUGGUCGUGGGGGACGCCAGAAGAACCGCUUUGGGCUUCCUGGGCCCAGCCAGACGAAUCUCCCGAACAGCCAGGCCAGCCAGGAUGUGGCAUCCCAGCCCUUCUCGCAGGGCGCGCUGACCCAGGGCUACAUCUCCAUGAGCCAGCCCUCCCAGAUGAGCCAGCCUGGCCUCUCACAGCCCGAGCUGUCCCAGGACAGUUACCUUGGUGAUGAGUUUAAGUCACAGAUAGAUGUGGCAUUGUCGCAAGACUCCACAUACCAGGGGGAGCGGGCAUACCAGCACGGCGGAGUGACGGGGCUGUCCCAGUACUAGAAGGUGGCGGCGGAAGAGCUAAGCUCCGUGGCUUAGUCCAUCAGCAUCUUAUUCUGGGUAAUAAAAAAUAAAAAUAAAUGGA